AUGAGGGCUCUGGUCCUGCUCUGCUGCUUUGUGGCGUCGCUCCUGCUCCCAGGACAAGCAGAACUGCAAGUUUCCGCUUCGGGUGGCACAGAAGAUGUUGGCAAUUUGUUGGAGAAUCAUUUCUCUGCUGGAGAUGCAAGUCUAGAGGAGAAGGAAAGGGCGCUUUAUGCAGAGGCGGCCCCUCGAGAGAAGAACCUGCUCCUUCACUCCCCAGAUGGCAGGGAGGCUGAGAGCUCAGAGAAGACUGCUGCUGGGGCCCCCAUCGCCCCCGGCCCAGGCUCUGACCCUGAAGCCAGCCUCUCCAAUGCCUCAGCCUCAGAGUCAGCUCCCCCCGGGGACUCUGCGGGGCCACCAGGAGCGAGCACCCACCUUCCAGAAGGGGAGGAAGGAACCGGGGAAGAGGGGAGACCUGAGCUCAGUGCGGGAGAGGGCCCAGCAGAGGAGGCCGAAGGACAGGCUGGGAGCCACCUGAUCCCUGAGGAAGCCAAGGAGGUCCUAGGGGACAACCCCGUGCAGGGGGCAGCAGCUGGGGCUGCAGAGCCUGAAGGCACAGGGGCCUCUCCUACCUUGGAGGUCGAGGAGGCCCACAUGCCCGAGACAGCAGGCGAGGGCAGCCCAGGGCCCGAUCGGGGACCAGAAGGGCCAGAUGGAGUCAUGGAGGUGGACACAGAAGCCAGGGAGGGGCCUGAGGACCAGGGGAAGCCCAGCCCCAGCCCAGACACGGAGACAGGGGACACCCAGGAGUACCACCCCCCAGAGGGCCAGGUCCCAGGGGUGUCCAAGGAGGACUCAGAGGUGGCCUCCUCUGAGGAAGAGGGUAGCAGCCACAGCGGAGGCGAGGAAGGAGUUUCAUCCCAAGAAGAAUCCGAGGAGGACAGCGGCGACGACGGGGCUAGUUCAGAGGAAGCAGGGGGCGCCUCCGAGGAAGCAGGGGAAGCCCAGGAAGCGGGGCAAGCCCAGGAAGCAGCAGGAACCCCAAGCAAUGGGGACGAGGGGGCCCAGCUGAGCUCGGAGGAACCAAAUCCAGGGUCCAAGGGGGACGAGGCCUCAGAGGCUGAGGCAGAGGAGCCCAAGGAGGGGCCUCAGGAAGAGGCGGAGGAUGUGAGUGAAGAAGCCCCAUUGAGGGAUCGCUCCCACAUCGAGAAAACUCUGAUGCUGGAUGAGGACAAACCAGCUGAUGAUUACUCUGUGGUGCUGCAGCGGCUUCGAAAGAUCUACCAUUCGUCCAUCAAACCCCUGGAACAGUCUUACAAAUACAACGAGCUUCGGCAGCAUGAGAUCACAGAUGGAGAAAUCACCUCCAAGCCAAUGGUGCUGUUCCUGGGACCGUGGAGCGUCGGCAAAUCCACCAUGAUAAACUACCUCCUCGGGUUGGAAAACACUCGCUACCAGCUCUAUACAGGUGCUGAGCCCACCACCUCCGAGUUCACUGUCCUCAUGCAUGGGCCCAAACUGAAAACCAUCGAGGGUAUUGUCAUGGCCGCUGACAGCGCCCGGUCCUUCUCGCCCCUCGAGAAGUUUGGCCAGAAUUUCCUGGAGAAGCUGAUUGGUAUCGAGGUUCCCCACAAACUUCUGGAGCGGGUCACUUUUGUGGAUACACCAGGCAUCAUUGAGAACCGCAAACAGCAGGAAAGAGGUUACCCCUUCAACGACGUGUGCCAGUGGUUCAUUGACAGAGCAGACCUCAUCUUUGUCGUCUUUGACCCAACCAAGCUGGAUGUGGGUCUGGAGCUGGAGAUGCUGUUCCGCCAGCUGAAGGGGCGUGAAUCCCAGAUAAGGAUCAUCCUGAACAAGGCUGACAACCUGGCCACACAGAUGCUCAUGCGGGUCUAUGGGGCUCUCUUCUGGAGCUUGGCCCCGCUCAUCAACGUUACUGAGCCCCCAAGGGUCUAUGUCAGCUCCUUCUGGCCUCAAGACUACAAGCCCGAUACCCACCGAGAACUGUUUCUCAAGGAAGAAAUCUCCCUCCUGGAAGACCUGAACCAGGUGAUCGAGAACAGAUUGGAGAACAAGAUCGCCUUCAUCCGCCAGCAUGCCAUCCGGGUCCGCAUCCAUGCCCUCUUGGUCGACCGCUAUUUGCAGACAUACAAGGACAAAAUGACCUUCUUCAGUGACGGAGAGCUGGUCUUUAAGGACAUUGUGGAAGAUCCUGAUAAGUUCUACAUCUUCAAGACCAUCCUGGCAAAGACCAAUGUCAGCAAAUUUGACCUUCCCAACCGCGAGGCCUAUAAGGACUUCUUUGGGAUCAAUCCCAUUUCCAGCUUCAAGCUCCUGUCCCAGCAGUGCUCCUAUAUGGGGGGCUGCUUUCUGGAGAAGAUUGAGCGGGCCAUCACCCACGAGCUCCCCGGCCUCCUGGGAAGCCUGGGGCUUGGAAAGAAUCCAGGUGCUCUCAACUGUGACAAAACAGGGUGUGGCGAAACCCCAAAGAAUCGCUAUAAGAAACACUAGGUUGUUGUGUGGCCAUUCUUGGGUUCUUGUUGGUGAAUGAGCUUGUGUCCUAACUGUCUGAGAAGUCCCGGUUUAUUAACCCUUUGAGCCACACUGGCAAGAAUUAUUAUGCAUUGGAGAUUUGGGAGUUAAUUGAGACCAGCGGUGGGGGAAGGUGUGGGUCAAGGGAGGAGAGUGGAAACUGUGAAUUAUAGUGUGCUUGUCUCAUUGCUUCAAUUAGGGGGCCUGAUUGAGGCAAGUCAGGCCACACCUGCUUUUCCUGGGUCCUAUCUCGGAGGGACAGAGAGCAGCUAAAUUCUAGUGUAUACUGAAUUAAUAAGCAUUAAAUAAGCUAAAAGCAGCUGAAGUCCUUUUUUCCCCUAUAAACUGGGAAAACAGAGAAGACGAGUUCUGUCGGGCUGCCCAGGUCCAUUGUGGCUGCCUCCCACACACCGUCUUCUGUUUUCCCCCCGUCCAGCAGCUGUCUCCUGAGCUUGGGUUGACUCCAAUAGGGGACAGUCUCCUGGGUCUGAAUCAACCUGGGUUUUGAGCCUACCCCCUGGCCUUCUUCCCUGUUUCCUUAAGGAGUGAGGGGAAUGGUUUAGGAUACCAGAACACUAAGAGAGAACAAGAGUUCCCAGGCUAGGAGAAGGAUCUGCUCCUCCAGUGCCAUUUCUCUGAUGUGGUCUUCUAAGCCAUCUGGGAAGCUCGGUCCCUUUAUUGGCCCCAAGAAGAAGGUGAGUGUUCCAUGUAGUCGAGUAAUUCACUGGAAAUGAUUUCAGUGAAAGUACCAGAAGGGCUCAGAGGGUUAAUUGGUUUGCAGUGUGUCUUUGUCUGUUGCAUGUCUUGGAAAACUCGGACCCCAAAGGCAUUG